AUGUCGGACAGCGAGGCCUCGGACUUCCGCAUGGACGACAGUGACUCGGACGGCUUCGUCCCCCUGCCCAAGGCCACUAAGAAGGCCCCCGCCAAGAAGGCCGCUGCCAAGCCCGCCGCACCAAAGAAAGCGGCGGCCACCAAGAAGGCGCCCCUGGGAGCGAAGAAGAACCUCCCGAACGAGUCUGAGGACGUCUCAAGUGCAUCCUCUACGCCCGUGAAACGCAAGGCUGUCUCUGAUGAUGACGAGCCUACCGCCAAGCCCGCCGCGAAGAAGAACGCGUCCGAGAUGUACCAGAAGCUCUCGCAACUGGAGCACGUUCUCAAGCGUCCCGAUACCUAUAUCGGUUCCGUCGAGCAUGUGAACACCGACAUGUGGGUCUUCAACAACGAGACCAAGGGCAUGGAAAACCGCAAGAUCAGCUACGUGCCCGGUUUUUUCAAGAUCUUUGACGAGAUUCUCGUCAACGCUGCGGAUAACAAGAUCAAUGACCCCACCAUGGACUCGAUCAAGGUGGAGAUUGACCGUGAGAAGAACACCAUCUCGGUCUGGAACAACGGAAAGGGUAUUCCCGUCGAGAUGCACGCCAAGGAGGGUAUCAUGAUUCCCGAGCUCAUCUUCGGCAACCUCCUCACCUCGUCCAACUACGACGACGACCAGAAGAAGCUCACUGGUGGUCGUAACGGUUUCGGUGCCAAGCUUGCCAACAUUUACUCGCUCGAGUUUGUGGUCGAGACUGCCGACAAGGUCAACGGCAAAAAGUACAAGCAGAUCUUCUCUCAGAACAUGAGCAAGAAGGGUACCCCAAAGAUCACUGAGAACAAGAAGGGCGAGGAGUGGACCAAGAUCACUUUCACGCCUGACCUUGCCCGCUUUGGCAUGACUGGCAUUGAUGACGACACAAACGCGCUUCUCAUGAAGCGUGUUUAUGACGUCGCCGGUACUGUCAAGGACCUCAAGGUGUUCCUUAACGGCGAACGCCUCAAGGUGAAGGGCUUCAAGCAGUACGUCGAGAUGUACCUGGCCGCCCAGAACGCCACCCAGACGGCCAACUCUGGCGGUGCCGCUAUGCCCAAGCCUACCGUCGUCUACGAGGCCUGCGGCAAGCGCUGGGAGAUUGCCUUUGCCCUGUCCGAGGGCGAGUUCCGCCAAGUCUCGUUUGCCAACUCGAUUGCCACGACCAAGGGUGGUACCCACGUCGACAUGAUUGCCACGUCGCUGGCCAAUAAACUGUUGACUUCCAUCACCAAGAAGAACAAGGCUGCCCCCGUCAAGGCGUUCCAGAUCAAGAACCACAUGUGGAUCUUUGUCAACGCUCUCAUUGAGAACCCUUCCUUCGACUCGCAGACCAAGGAGACUCUUACUCUCAAGAGCUCCGCCUUUGGUUCUAGGUGCGAGAUUUCAGAAGACUUCAUCAAGAAGGGUGAGCUCGCCAGAAACCGUUGGUUCGCAGCUAACAUUGCAGUCACAAAGUCGGGUAUUGUCGAUAAUGUUCUCAGCUGGGCUCGCUUCAAGCAGGACCAGAUGCUCAAGAAGACGGACGGUGCUAAGCGUACCCGUAUUGGUGGUAUCGUCAAGCUCGAAGACGCCAACUGGGCCGGUGGCCGCAACUCCAACCAGUGCACUCUCAUUCUUACGGAAGGAGACUCCGCCAAGGCUCUUGCCGUCUCCGGUCUCGGUGCCAUUCAAGGUCGUGACACCUUCGGUGUCUUCCCCCUUCGUGGUAAGCUCCUCAACGUUCGUGAGGCAAGCCACGACCAAAUCAUGAAGAACGUCGAAAUCCAAAACAUUCGUCAGAUUCUUGGUCUCAAGCACAACACCGACUACAAGUCGACCGACAGCCUUCGUUACGGCCACCUCAUGAUCAUGACCGAUCAGGAUCACGACGGUUCGCAUAUCAAGGGUCUCAUUAUCAACUUCCUCGACCACUUCUACCCUUCGCUUCUUCGCCUCCCCAACUUCCUGGUCGAGUUCAUCACUCCCAUUGUCAAGGUCUGGAAGGGCAAGCAGGAGCACGUCUUCUACACCAUGCCCCAGUAUGAGGAGUGGAAGGAGGAAAACAACGAAGGCCGCGGCUGGCAGUCCAAGUACUACAAGGGUCUUGGUACCAGUGGUCCAGAGGACGCCGUCAAGUACUUUACAGCUAUUGCCAAGCAUCGUCUUCCCUUUGACGUCAUGACCGACGAGGACAAGCAGCUCAUCGACAUGGCAUUUAACAAGAAGAAGGCCGACGACCGCAAGGAGUGGCUUCGUCAGUUCAAGCCCGGCACCUUCCUCGACCACGACACCGACAAGAUCCCCAUCCAGGACUUUGUCAACAAGGAGCUCAUUCUCUUCUCCAUGGCGGACAACAUUCGUUCCAUUCCCUCGGUCGCCGACGGUCUCAAGCCUGGUCAGCGCAAGGUUCUUUUUGCGUGCUUUAAGCGUAACCUCAAGAAGGAGAUCAAGGUCGCUCAGCUUGGAGGUUAUGUUUCCGAAAACACUGCAUACCACCACGGUGAACAGUCUCUGUUCAUGACCAUUGUCGGUCUUGCGCAGAAGUUUGUCGGUAGCAACAACGUUAACCUGCUCGACCCCAACGGACAGUUCGGUACGCGUAUUCAGGGUGGUAAGGAUGCUGCGAGCGCUCGUUACAUCUACACCAACAUUCCCCGCAUGACCCACACGAUCUUUCACUCUGCCGACAAUGCGCUUCUCAACUACCUUGUUGAUGAUGGCCAGAGCAUCGAGCCUGAAUUCUACCUGCCCACCGUCCCCAUGGUGCUCGUCAAUGGUGCCGACGGUAUCGGUACCGGUUGGAGUACUUCAAUCCCCAACUACAACCCCGUCGACAUCGUGGACAACCUCCGCCGCCUGAUGCGUGGCGAGGAGAUGGUCCCCAUGACUCCGUGGUUCCGUGGUUUCAAGGGCUCGAUUGAGCGUGUCGAGGCCGACAAGUUCAAGGUCAGCGGCAUUGCCACCAAGACCGAUGACAAGACCAUUGAGAUUACCGAGCUUCCCGUCCGCAAGUGGACCCAGGAUUUCAAGGAGAUGAUCGAGGAGAUGACCAGUGGCUCGGACAAGACUGCGUCCACGAUCAAAGACUACGAGGAGCACCACACCGACACGACUGUCCACUUCAAGCUUCACAUGAAGGAGGCGGCCAUGAAGGCGGCGGAGGAGGAGGGCUUUGACAAGCGCUUCAAGCUCACGACCACCAUCAGCACCUCGAACAUGGUUUGCUUUGACCUCAACGGCAAGAUCAAAAAGUACGCCACUCCCGAGGACAUGAUUGCCGAUUUCUACCCCAAGCGUCUCGAGUACUACGGUCUGCGCAAGCAGCACCUUGCCGACGAGCUCAACAGGCAGUUUGAGAAGCUUUCGAACCAGGCCCGCUUCGUCACCAUGAUCAUCAAAAAGGAGCUCGUGGUGUCGAACAAGAAGAAGUCGAUUGUCGUCGCCGAGCUGCGUGAACUCCAGUUCCGCGCCUUCCCCAAGGAUGCCAAGGCCCCCAGCGACGAGCCCGACCAGGACAUUGCCGAGGACGAGGAUGCCGGUUCGGACAACGACUUCGACUACCUCCUCAGCAUGCGCAUCUGGAGUCUCACCCAGGAGAAGGUCGAAAGGCUGCUGGCCGAGCGUGACGGCAAGGAGGCCGAGCUCAUCGAGCUCCUGAAGCUCUCCCCACAGGACAUUUGGAACACUGACCUGGACGAGUUCCUUGUCGAGUGGCAGAACCAGCUUGAUGGUGAUGUCCAGCUUGCCAAGCUUGUGAAGCCCAAGACCGCCGCGCAGCUCAAGAAGACCAAUGCCGCUCGCAAGCGUGCCAAGGGAGAGGACACGGAUGACUCGGAAGACGACUUCAAGCCCGUCAAGGCUCCCGCAAAGCCUCGUGCUCCUGCAAAGCCAAGGGCGAAGCCAGCUGCGGCCACCGGCGCCUCAGCCCUGUCGACCACUGCCAACUCUGUCCUUUCGGCUUCCGCCUCGGCGGCGCCGUCGGCUGCUUCCUCGCCCAAGCGCGAAUUCACAACUCUCUCGGAGGACUCCGAGGUUGAGGUCAAGCCUGUCGUGAAGAAGAGGGCCCCCGCCAAGCCCAAGGCCAAGCCCGUCACUGUCGACAUUGAGGACUCGGAUGAUGACAGUGGGUUUUUUACUUGUGGGGGAUCAGCUAACCCAUCAGUGUACACCAUCGCGGCAUCGAAUGCGGCUUCCAAGCCCGCCUCGACUUCGACUGCAAAGCCCAAGGCUGCCAGCCGCGCUGCGUCCAAGACCCCCGCUGUCGACUCUGACGAUGAGGUUCUUGUCAAGCCCAAGAAGGCGCCAGCCAAGAAGGCCGCUGCCCCCAGGAAGCGCGCGGUCAAGACGGAGGAGUCUGACGACGACCUCGACAUGCUCGCCAAGCCCAAGAAGGCCGCCGCACCAAAGAAGGCUCCGGCCAAGAAGGCCAAGAAGAACGAGUCUGACUUUGAGGGUGAUGACAGCGAUGUCCCUGCACCCGCUCCUGCCCCGAGGGCUACCACUGGCCGCGGCCGCGCGGCUGCCGCCAAGAAGCCCGCUUAUGUCGACCUGUCCGAUGGCGACGAGUCCAUGUAG